AUGGCCACAGAACAGGCGAAGGGGCAUCGUGGCCCAGACCCCCAGAAGCCUCCUGUGGAGGCUGUGGCUUCCGGGAGCGGUGCUGAGGGCCUGCCCUUGACCAGGAGGAGGAGCAAGAAGGACAGGGGACUCCGAGGGUCCCGGAAGGGUGCUGGUGGCUCCGAGGAGCAGACCCCCAUCCCUGGCCCCGAGGCCCCAGGGAGCAGCAAGAGCCUCUCUGGGAAUGGAGAAGGGCAGGAGGGGACAGGCCCUGCAGCCCCCAGGCCAGCCGGUCGUCGUCAGUCUCACCGACACCGCUCUGGCACCCAGCACGAUGCUGCCCAGAAGACAUACGGGCCCCUGCUCAACCGCAUCUUCGGGAAGGACCGCGAGCUGGGCCCCGAGGAGCUGGAUGAGCUUCAGGCCGCCUUUGAAGAGUUUGACACUGACCGUGACGGCUACAUCGGCUACCGGGAGCUGGGCACCUGCAUGCGGACGCUGGGCUACAUGCCCACUGAGAUGGAACUCAUCGAGGUCUCCCAGCACGUCAAGAUGCGAAUGGGUGGCCGUGUGGACUUCGAGGAGUUUGUGGAAUUGAUGGGCCCAAAGCUGAGGGAGGAGACAGCACACAUGUUGGGGGUGCGGGAGCUGCGCAUCGCCUUCCGAGAGUUUGACAGGGACAGAGAUGGACGAAUUACAGUGGCAGAGCUGCGGCAGGCAGCACCUGCUCUGCUGGGGGAGCCGCUGGCGGGUCCUGAGCUGGACGAGAUGCUCCGAGAAGUGGACCUCAACGGGGAUGGCACCGUAGACUUUGACGAGUUUGUGAUGAUGCUUUUCACCCACUGA